AUGCAUAACUCGACGGCUUCCGACAGAACUACUCCGAAAGCCGCCAAGGACCAGGCUCAACCCGGGAGCUCGAACGCCUCGUCUACUAGAUACCUGCCUCAUGCUACGCGCUCCCAGGGCGAAAACCAGCCAGCGCGUCGUGCGCCGACCGAAACGUUAGACGCGGAUACGAGGCCGACCCCUCAACCCACGGGCGAUCCGUCGCCUUCGACGACGGUGCACAUCAACAGCGAGCAGGAUUUCUCCUUACUUCUGCCUGAUACUCCCGGCGAGCUCAUAUCUGACGCGGAAGCCGACGGCGUGUCCUUCUGCGCGCCAGGAAGCACCGAUCCCCACUGUGCUAAGACCUUCCCGGACGGCUUCGUGCGCGCGGCGGCCAUCUCCAGAUCUGACGACGGCGCGUGGAUCCAGCCCACAAUGAACGAACGAACUCUGCUCGUUCUGUGA